AUGUUGGCAGCACAUAACGACCAGGAGAACCUUUUCAGCCGUCAAGCUGGGGGAGUGAAGCAACAGCUCCAGUCUAAGACGCCCGGCGCCCGAUAUCCAAAAACGCCGUCGAAAGUGCCACUCAACGAUGAGAAUACGAACCACAGAUUUCCCGGAAAGAGCGCUCUCCGAACCAAGGGAAACAAUGAGAACAUCGCAACAAUUGGAAAGGGCGGGAAUGCCCUGGGCAAGGCGAACAAGUCAAACUUGAUGACACCGGUUGAGCCCCGAACGUCUCGCGCGCCGCUCGGUAACAAAACCACCAAUGCCAAGGCCCGAACGGGCCAACAGACGGGCAGCGUCAAAGAUCUUGUUCGCGAGUUGGAGAAGACUGGCGUCAAGCCGACGACAACCGUCCGGCCAAAGCAAGGUCCCCCGCAGGUUGAGUCUUCGAAGCUCGAGGUGCACACCGAUAAGAACCCUCUGGAUGAAGACGAAGACAUCGAAUACGCACCGCCGAGGACCAAGGAUGCCGUGUAUCAAUCUGACGUAUUCCCCGACGGUGUUCUUACAUUCGCAGGGUUAAAGCCAGAGAACAUGUUCAAGGGCUAUUACCAGUAUUAUUUCAACCAUAUCGACGAAAACGGCAUGUCAUCGACGGAGAGGGACAUGGAGCAGCGCCGCCAGCGCACCUUCCAACUUGGAGACGAGCAGAUUCGGAGAGAUAUGGAUGAGUUUGACUGGAGCGUUGGCGACGUGCCGGCGAGCAGGGACUUUUUCAACAAAAAGAAACCCGACCAAGCGGCAAGCCAAGACAAGAAAGCACGCGCCCUAGUUUCUAAACAGCCAGCGACGAUUGCGUCCCGAAAGGCGGCGUCUGCUCUCGCUAUGCCCCUUAGGCCGCUGAGCGAUUCAAUGGCGAAAGCCAACCGACCCCUCUCUGCUGCAGCCGCAAACAAGCCGAAGCCGAAUCCGAAGCCGUUUCUCUUGGCUGGACGCAAACCAGCAGUUCCAGCCAUCCAGCCUAGAAGCGCAAGCGCGCAGGGCCGUGCAGGAGCCGUGGCAGCAUCGCGCAGCACACUGGGCUACAGCAAGGGCCGCUCUGCAUCGUCGGCCGUCCACGGAAGCGGCCCUUCGGUCGCACACCUCGCAGAACUCGCCCCCAAGCCUCGCACCCUGACGCGCUCUGUCAGCACGGCGUCGUCAGGAUCAGACUGUACCAUCACGCCGGCGCGCUUUGCGCAGAAUAACUCAUCAUCGAGGGAGUGGAAGAAGCCCGAUUUUCUGUGCAUCUUUGACGAUGUCGAUGAAGAAGAAACCGGCAGCGUGAGCGUUGUCCCUGGCUUUGACGGCGCUAACGACGAUUUCCAGCUCUCGACCGACUUUUAG